UUUUGUCUUUUUUGUUUUGGUUUGCCGCGAAUCGAAUUUUAAUUGAGUGACAGAGGGAAACCAAAUUAAAACGAACAAAAUAAGUGAACACAAAAUAAAUUAUAUAAAUCGUAUACGCGUAUGUGUAUUGUAAAUGUUGGUUUGAAUAAAUAAAGCAGCAGCCAUGGGAAUAAUUCCUCUCAUACGGGUACUGGCCGCCAUCGCCAUCGCCAUCUGUUGCCUCCUGACCACUUCCUGCCGCGCCGCGGACAUCGAGGCCGUUUCCAGCAAGGCCGCGGACAAGGUCGAGGCCGCCACCACCACCAAGCUGACCCCCACCAUCGCGGAGGACUCCGACUCCAAGAGCAAGACGGGGAAGCGCGACUCAUCGGAUCAGACAGGUGGUCCGUACUUGAGCCUAUCGAGCAGGAACCCACCGUUCCGCCCGUUUUACCCACCCGGCAGCCACUUUGAGGCGGAGACGCCCACGCCCAUCUUCGGACCCACCACGCUGCGCUACACGGCGGCGGAGGCGGCACCACAGACACAGGCAUUCUACGGGCAGAAGGCGCCACCGCAGCAGCACCGCUUCAGCUUUGCAGCGCCGCCGCAAGUGGAAUCCUAUCAGCGACAUGUCGCGUUCAAGCCCGCUGCCCCCUCGCCGCAGCCGCAUCAGCAGCCGCAUCAGCAGCCGAUUUUCAAUUACAGCGAACUGGAGCCGGAGGCGGGAGCCACCGCUCCACUGACCACCCAGAAGUACCUGCUGCAGCCGCAGCAAAAGCUGCAGCAACGCAUCCAGUACAUAAUCGCCAUACCCCUAUCGUACAUGCGACAGCUGCAGCAGCAGCAGCAGCUGCAGCAGCAACAGCAGCAGCAUCAGCUGGUCUUGGGUCCACCGCCCACCACCAGCACCAGCACCACCAGCACGGCACCACCCUCAGCACCACCGGCCAACGGCAGGCAUCCGGUGGUGCAGCUGCUCGGUCCGCUGGCCCGCGACCAUCAGGGCCAGUACAAGCCCUACUACCAGUCGGAUGCCGCCAGUGCAAGGCUCGCGGGACCCGGCGCACCACUGAUCCACCAGCCGUACCUGCAAGUCCCCACCAGCCUGCUGAUGGCCGCCGCCCAGCAGCUGCAGCAGCAGCACCACCAGCAGCAGCAGCAGCAGCAGGCUGUUUACGCCAAGGUGGCUGCCCCACCUGCACCACCCACCUACCAGCCCGCCCUGAUCUACCAGCCGCAGGCCCAGGCACACCACCACCAGCCGCAGAUCCAACUGCAACUGCAACGGAUCUUCCUGCAACCGCCGCAGCCGCAGCAAUCGACCAUCUACGCCGAGCAGCCAGCUCCACUUUAUGCAUAUCCGCUGCAGCAGCACCACCACCAGCAGCAGCAGAAGCCGCACCAGCAACAGCACCUAAAACAGGAGCAUCACUCGCAGCAGGCACAUAAAUACACGCCUGCGGCGCCGACAUCUCCGACAGCAUUGACAACAUCAACAACGAGCACCGCAGCAACGGCAGCAGCAGCAGCAGCUCCACAGACUGCAGCAGCAGCAGCAACACGACAGCAACACUUGCCCCUGGUGCACUACAAUCCCAUUUACGUGCAGGCACCCGCCGAGCAGCAGCAGCAGCAGCAGCAACAUCAAUUUGCCAUAUUGCCACGUUUUAGCAAUAAUAACCCCAAGGCCGUUUACAGCCUGGCCCACGAAUCAGCGGGACCGGGAGCGGGCGCGGGUCCCAUUCACUUGGUCAGAUUGUCGGCGGCCAAUGGACCGCCGAUCCAUCACUACCACCACUACCAGCCGGCGCCUCUGCUGCAGCCGCUCUAUGGCCAUGCGCCGCAGCAGUAUGUGUCACCCUACGCGGCCGGCGACGAGGUGCAAGGUUCCAAGUCCGCCUCCGGCUCCAGCUCCCUUUUGGCCGGACCCACGCCAUCGCCACUCAUGACUGCGGCCUCGCCGGCCAUUAUACCGUACUUCAGCCAUCCGGGCGCCGUGCAUUAUGGCACGCAUUUGUACCAGCCAGGUGCAGCAACAGCGCUGGGCGCAACAGCAGCAGCAGCAGCACCCUCCGCAGCAGGAACAAAGCAGCAGCAACAGUCGACCGCAACAAGUGGGGGACAGCUGCCAGGUGACAGCAACAAUAUUGUGAAAUAUCCCUAAGGCGAUCAAAGCAACAAUGACCAGGAGCACCAGGAGCAACAUCACCACCCAGCAACUAUCGCCCAUCGUCCAGGGAUGCAGCUUAGCUUUAAGCUCGAUUUCAGGACCUCCAACGGAUUUCCCACUUGUUAUACGCUGUUGCUUUUGCUCCUGUUUGCGGCACGCUAAUUACGUAUUUUACUCGAUUUCGAACCCCCCAUUUGGAGCCCCAGCUCCCUGUUGUUAUGCAAAUGCGGUGCCGUCGCUUUUGCUUUUACAACUUUUAAUUAGUUCGCCAGUACUCGACGGCGCCCGUUCGGUUUUGUGUAAAUAUUUGAGAAAUUUUCCAAUAGACUCGCCAAAUAAAUAUUUGCCUAAGCCUACAUAUACGUACGUCUCCGCUGUUUUAGCCUAAGAACUCGCUAUGUUUAUUGUAACAUUAACAAUUAUGCUCACAAAUAUACUCGUUUAUUAACUGGA